GGCGAGAGAUCCGAUGUCGAAGAGUAGGAUGCAAGGCGGCAGUCAUGGAGGAGUGGGGAGCAAUAAUCGAAACACACUUAGCUGUCCAACAACAACAACAACAAGCAACUGUUCCGGGCCGACGGCCGAGGAUUAUUACAACACGACCGUCGAUCCGGCCGCUCGGUCAGGCCAAUCGCUGAACACCCGGCUCGAAAACACGGCCUCUCAUCAUCAUCCGAGCUAUCGAUCCGCCUGGAACUUCGACCGGCUCUUCCUGCUCAACCCUCGUUCUGCUGCAACCGAUCAGCCGUCGUCCCGUUCCGCUCUCACCGCCGCGCAGGCCCGGAUCGCCAUGCUCCAUCGUCACCUCAACCAUCGGCCCUCGUAA